UCGUUUGUCGCCAUGUCCUCUCAUAAGACUUUCAGAAUUAAGCGGUUUUUGGCCAAGAAACAAAAACAAAAUCGUCCCAUUCCACAGUGGAUUCAAAUGAAAACCGGUACUAAAAUCAGGUACAACUCGAAGAGGAGACACUGGAGAAGAACCAAGCUGGGUCUAUAAGAAAUUGC